UUUGCUGUGCCUUGGAUCAUGCGAUUAGCAAUAGAAGUCCUAAAGAUCUUAUGAUACAGCCGCCGCCAGCAACAAGUCCAUCGAACUCAUUUCAUUUCUCACCCCUGGGACCGAUCACCACAUUGGGUCCCCAAGUGCCGGUCUUUCAGCCGACGCCACCGCUGAAUCAGGGUCAGAGAGUCAACAAUAAUCCCAAUCCCAAUGCCAAUUUGAAUUUUCCACCCACAAAUGCAAGUCCCUUGCCCAUGUGUGGAGUCAGUAUGGCCACUUCGAAUCGAGUUGUGGGUGGCCAGGAGGCACGACGAGCUGCCUAUCCCUGGAUUGCCGCCUUGGGUUACUUUGACGAUAUCAAUCGCAGUGCCCUCAAGUUUCUAUGUGCUGGCAGUCUAAUCAAUGGACGUUAUGUUCUCACCUCGGCCCACUGCAUCAAUGCCAUGUUGACUCUGGUGCGUUUAGGUGCUCACGAUCUGUCGCGACCCUCGGAGCAGGGAGCCUUUGAUUUUCAUAUUAAGCGAACUGUUAUUCAUGAUCAAUUCGAUCUAAAUUCCAUAGCCAAUGAUAUAGCUCUGAUCGAGCUAAAUGGCAUGGCAGUUUUCACUGCCACGAUUGCACCAAUUUGUUUGCCCGAGUCUAAUAAAUUUCUGCAAAACGAUUUUGUUGGCAUGAAUCCAUUUGUGGCUGGUUGGGGUGCGGCCAAACAUCAGGGGCCCACCUCGCAAGUCCUUCGAGAUGCCCAGGUGCCAAUUGUGUCACGACAAAUUUGCGAGAUGAACUAUAAAUCUGUGUUCCAGUUUGUACAAUUCAGCGAUAAGUUAAUUUGCGCCGGCAGCUCCAGUGUCGAUGCCUGCCAGGGGGAUUCCGGUGGUCCACUCAUGAUGCCACAGCUGGAGGGUAAUCUCUAUCGAUUCUAUCUACUUGGCAUAGUGUCGUUCGGCUAUGAAUGUGCAAGACCAAAUUUUCCAGGAGUCUACACAAGGGUAGCCUCUUACAUACCCUGGAUAAAAAAACAAUUGGUUAUGAAGCUCCCGAUCUCAGCUAGCAUAUACGAGCUUAAGAGAGAGCUGCAGAGUCUUCUCAAUAUUCAGGAACCAUUGGAGAUUUGUACUUCUGAUGUAACGUUGGCCGAUUCAGUUCUUUUGACAGAAAUUGCUGGUCUAGGCAACAACGAACAAAUUAAGCCGAUUGUGUCUUGCUAUGAAGGCAACAAUUUUGUGUGCUUGAUACGAUUUUCUCUUGAGGCCGAGGAUAUCGCGCUUCCACUAGUCGAUAAUUCGGUGUCAGACUCAAGUAUCGAAGUUAAAGUUGAAUCUGAAAUGGAAAUGGAACCGGAUGUUACAACUGGUCAGCACCCGCCAUACAUGAACAUCCUGCCAGAGAAGAGGCCGUUUAUUGUGGUAGUUUCUUCAUGCGCAAAGAACUUUUCCGAUCUGUUCGAAGGGUUCUUUGAUAUACUUUUGCGUUUCGGAGACGUUCGGAGCUUAGAUUUCAAUGAUGUCACUCCGGUCGCUGAAUACCAUGGCCGGCUGUACAUCGCAGCGGCCAACGAAGAGACCAGGGAAUGGGUGGCGAGCAGCGUGUGUUCUAUAGGGCUCUAUGAGGCCGCUGGUUUUAUAGACUUCCUGCACCUGACAGCGGCCAGAGUUACUUGGCCAAAGGUAGAGACUUGUUUGCUGCGAAUUUUCACGCUCCUCGAACAGCAGAACACUGAUAUAAAGACGGAGAAGUGGGCUGUCUUCGGCUUUAGUCUGAUAACGUUCGUCAAACAGUGUAAACGUCGUCGUCGCGAGAGUUUAGAAUACAAGCACACAAAUAUACGGCAAAGUCUGAUAUCGAUUUACGAUCCGAUCUCAUCAUCCAACAUGCAAUUAGCGCCGCGAAACAGUGUUGUGCUAACAAUAGUCGUCGCCAGUCUUCAAUUGUUGCUCUUAGCAAAUCGAGCCUUUGCCCAGUUUGAUCGCAGGCAAGUUCGUCAGAACUGCAUUACUCCAGAAAAUUACUAUGGCAGUUGUGUGACCCUCAGCUAUUGUCCCCAGGUGACAAAUGUCUUCCAGAUCGCCGAUAGAAAUACGGCCCAACGUUAUGUGAUUGCCUUGCAACGUAGUUGCGGCACACGCAGCUUUAAUGGGGAUCCGGUGGUUUGCUGUACUAGACCGAUAAAUAAUCCGGUCACAGCGCGACCCAACACCAAUCCUUUCUUUACCACAGAGGGCACAUUUGUGUGGCCCAAUCCCCAGCCGCUACCAGAUCCCGAGCCACAGCCACAGCCACAGCCGCAACCAAAUCCAUUCUUGCCAACAAGAGCUACAACUACAACUACAACCCCAGCGCCGACUACCUCGGCUCAAAUAGUGGAGCCUCGUGGUAGGGCCUGUCGUACACCCAAGCUGGAAAUUGGCGACUGCAUAGAUAUUAAGAGCUGCAGCAGUCUGUUAAAUGAAUUGCGUGCCAAACAAACAGAUCCAUCUUUUGCCAAUUAUCUUCAAGCUUCGAAUAAAAUUUGCGGUGGCAUUGGAUCCAUGGUUUGCUGUCCAAAUGGCCAGGUGGAGGUAACAACUCCAACGCCACGGCCAGUUAAUACGAAUGAGGUACCACGACGUUUUGUCACUUUGGAAGAGGGUUGCGGCUACACAUUGAAUUCGUACAAGAAGAUUGUCGGUGGGGAAGUCAGUCGCAAAGGUGCCUGGCCCUGGAUAGCUCUUAUUGGCUAUGAUGAUGCCUCCGUGACACCAUUCAAGUGCGGUGGCACUUUAAUAACAGCUCGACAUGUAAUCACAGCGGCCCAUUGCAUCAUAGAGAGUCUAUCAUUUGUUCGUUUGGGUGAACAUGAUUUGAGCACGGAAACAGAGACAACCCAUGUGGAUAUACCAGUAGCCAGAUACGAGGCCCAUGCGGAAUAUAAUCGUCGCAAUGGACGCAGUGAUAUAGCCAUACUCUUCUUGGAGAGUAAUGUUCAGUUUACGAAUAAGAUCGGACCCAUUUGUAUGCCCAAUGCUCCCAGUUUGCUGCGCAAAUCAUAUAUAGGCUAUCAGCCAUUUGUCGCCGGCUGGGGCAGGACCAUGGAGGGCGGUGAAUCGGCACUUGUUUUGAAUGAAUUGCAGAUACCUGUCCUUCCGAACGAACAGUGCCGUGAAAGUUAUAAGAAACAAAAUCGUAGCUUCACAUUGGAUCAAUUCGAUCCGGCCAUCAUUUGUGCUGGCGUUCUAACUGGCGGCAAGGAUACAUGCCAGGGUGACUCUGGCGGACCAUUGAUGGUGCCCGAGGACUAUAAGAAAGCUGUGCGAUUCUAUCUAAUUGGUGUUGUAUCCUAUGGCAUUGGAUGUGCACGACCCAAUGUACCAGGAGUGUAUACCAGCAUCCAAUACUUUAUGCCCUGGAUUACCGAGAGGGUACAGAAUACGCAAUGAAAGAAAUGAAAAUAUAUGUAUAUGCAAACAAAUAAUUGCUAAUUGCCAUUCUAAGCUCUAUGUAGACCUAGUCCCUAAGGUUAAGCCAUAAUUUAAAAUAUAAAAAUCAUAAUUCAACAAAAAAAUAAAAAAAAA